UCCGGGGAGAGCGGAUAUAGUGAAUGCAGGGUCCGGGGAGAGCGUAUAUAGUGAAUGCAGGGUCCGGGGAGAGCAGAUAUAGUGAAUGCAGGGUCCAGGGAGAGCGGAUAUAGUGAAUGCAGGGUCCGGGGAGAUCAGAUAUAGUGAAUGCAGGGUCCUGGGGAGACCAGAUAUAGUGAAUGCAGGGUCCGGGAGAGCAGAUAUAGUGAAUGCAGGGUCCGUGGAGAGCAGAUAUAGUGAAUGCAGGGUCCGGGGGAGAGCAGAUAUAGUGAAUGCAGGGUCCGGGGAGAGCAGAUAUAGUGAAUGCAGGGGUCCGGGGAGACCAGAUAUAGUGAAUGCAGGGUCCGGGGAGACCAGAUAUAGUGAAUGCAGGGUCCGGAGAGACCAGAUAUAGUGAAUGCAGGGUCCGGGGAGACCAGAUAUAGUGAAUGCAGGGUCCGGGGAGACCAGAUAUAGUGAAUGCAGGGUCCGGGGAGACCAGAUAUAGUGAAUGCAGGGUCCGGGGAGA